UUGGCCUCGUCGCGAGCUCCGCCUCCCAUUGGCUGCUGCGUCGCAGGAAGCAGCGAGAAAGAGAGCCAUGAUGGCGGUGGCCUGAGAGAGCGAGCGAGAGAGAGUGAGAGUGAACGGAGACCCCUCAGCCCGCGACCGCCGCCAUGGCGGAAGACGCAGAGCUGGAGAGGAAAGCAGUGGAAGAACUUCUCACAGAGGCCAAGCGUGGGAAAACAAGAGCAGAAACUAUGGGGGCCAUGGGCUGGAUGAAGUGCCCUCUUGCCAGCACAAAUAAAAGGUUUCUUAUUAAUACUAUUAAGAACACAUUGCACUCCUCAAAAGAGCAAGACCAGGGACAAAAGAAUCAGGAAGAUGAUAAGGAAUCUGAGCCAAAGCAGAGCGGAGAAGAAACCAAACCAAAGAGGCACAGAUCAUAUCCUUAUACACCCAGCUUUCGGUCUAGGAGAAGAGUUAGCUCUUCCCCUCCUAGGCAUCGAAACAGGAACAGAAGGCAGAACACAAAGGAGAAGUAUGAAAAGCAAUCAAAUAAGUGAGGAGAAAAGCAGGCCAUUCCAAGCCAAGUAUGUAAUUAAACAAUGAACCAUGGGGGCGAUGUUUCUUUAUCUUCCAACUAGAGAGCAUUCUUCACUACAGAUGUCUAUGUUAAAAGCAGGUUUCUAGAAGACAGCAAGCCUGCUCCUUGUGAUUAUUCCCUGAAGAGUUCUUGUGUACUUAAGAAGAAAUUGAUGACGUGUUUGUUUUCCCCCUGCCCCCAACACAUACUCACAUUCUUCCAGUUCAGCUUUUUUGUCCUUUCUUUGGAUUGUUGUAACAUGCUUGUACCUGUCUUCCAGAAACAUUAUCUUUUAUAGUAGCAUACAUGGAUGCAUAGUCUGUAAAUGAUAAAUUACUUGGUUUGUAAAGAUCUUUGCUUUUAAUUUUAUUUUGUCCUGUAGGUACAGAAAACUUCCAUUGUGCUCACAUAGCUGCAUUUUAGGCUCAUAAUCUGACAUAUACCUGAAUAUUACAGAUUAUUUAAAUACAUGCAAAUUGAUUUAAUGUAUGUUACUAAACAUAGGGGACAUGUGGUCCACAGUGGUGCACAAUGGCACUCUUACGAUACAGGACUUGGCAAAAGCAAUAGUUUCUUUAUUUAAAUGCACAGAAUAUUAUCAGCCAUACAAUCUGUUUCAAUACAAAAGUAUUUUCCAACAAAUUAAACAAGCAGUGAUUUGUUAUUACUUGGAGAUUGGGAAAUCUAAAAUUGGCUUUUAUUUCAUUUCUCUCUGUAUAGAUGGUAAUGUCUCUUAAGUCACUAAAAGUACUUCGACAUCUCUGUGCAAAACAGUGGGCAUCAGGAGUGUCUGUGAUAUAAAGUUGACCACAUGUUGUUACUUAAAUUGUGAAACAAUACAGGGAAUGGCCACUUAAAUUUUGAUCACUGUCUUUUUAGUAGUUUUAUUGGUUAGGUUCUUUGUGAAUCCUGAAUCUGCUGAUGACUUAACGUAUCUUUGAAGUUCCUAAGUUCUAUGGAAACAUUGACAUGUAAGUCUUUAGACAACAUUUAUUUGGGUGGUUUUUCUGAGUUGAUAUUAAACCUAAGCUGUGAUACUAAAA